AUGUGGAAGAAAAAGGGUACAAGUGGCGACAAAAGUGAUUACAAGGUCAAGGCAACGUGGGAGAGGAAUGUUGUGUACAUUUUCUGUGACUUGUGCAUACAAGAAAUAGAGCUUGGGAACAAGCCAGGAACUCAUUUCAACAAGAUUGGUUGGAACCGUUUGGUUAGUAAUUUCAAUAAGGAUACCGGCAAAGAAUAUGAUAGGAUGCAGUUGAAGAAUAAGUGGGAUCAGUUGAAAAAAGAUUGGAAGCAAUGGAAGCAGCUUCGUAAAAAUGAAAUGGGUUUUGAGUGGAACCAAAGAAAACGGACAAUUGAUGCUUCAGAUGAGUGGUGGCAGAAUAAGCUAAAGGAUUUUCCUGAUGCUGCGAAGUUUAGAUUCCAGGGCAUUGAGCCAGAGUUAGAGCAAAAGCUAGAUAGAAUGUUUAUGAGCAUGGACCCCAUUGGAGAGGAUGAUGUGACACUCGCCCUUCCCGCAAUUCCAAUUGGUGUGUCAAUGGGUGUCACACCACUUGUAGGAGACAACACUAAGGAUUCCCAUCCGAAUGCACUGAUGGAGAACUUGGAUGACAUAUCCGAUGAGAUAGAUAAUUUCCGUGGUACAACUACUCUGGAGCCUGCAGUAUCUCGCCACAUAAAGCGAGCGAUCGAGCAAGGAACUUCACAGCUGAAAGAGAAGAAGCAGGCAGUGGAAGUGGGCGAGGCUGUUAACAUGCCUGCACAGAUAGAUCACUUGCGUGAUGGGAUUGAGAGCAGGAGCACCGCUACCUCACUCAUGAAGUCAAGCUCAGGGUAUAGCAUCACUGAGGGAAUCCGUCUGUUGGAUAGCAUUGAGGAGAUUCCCAAAGCUAGCGCACUUUACUAUUUCGCGACUAAGAUAAUCUUGGACAAGGAUAAAAGAGAGUUGUUCAUGGCACUUGCUCCGGAUGCCAAGGUGUGGUGGCUAAAGAUGGAACAGGAGGAGAGGAACAAAUAG